AUGCCACACAUCGACAACAUGACAAAUUCGAAAAGUCAAGGAAGCUCAGAAAGAAUAUUUAAAGGCUUGAGGAAGCUCCUCAGACUGGGUUCUGGUUCUUCUAAAAACCACAGAUCACAAAUGACUAAACAAACUGUAUUCAUCUCUGGCGGAAACCGUGGCCUUGGCUUCUCGCUCGUUAAGGCCUUUGCCCAGGAAGCUGGCACCACCGUUGUCACCACCGCAAGAAAUCCAGACGCCGCGGCAGAGCUGCAAAAGCUGUCGAAGAGCUCUGGAAACAUCCACAUCGUUAAGCUGGACGUCGACAGUGAAGAGAGUAUCAACGCUGCUGGGGCUGCGAUUGCUGCGAUCACGAAGGAACUGGACAUUUUCAUCUCCAACAGUGGUAUCGCUGAUAUCGAUGGGUAUGUGCUGACCACCAAGAAGCAAAACUGGAUUAAGCACUACACGACCAACGCUCUUGGACCUAUCCUCUUGUUUCAGGCGUUGUACCCGCUACUUGAGAAGGGUAAGCUAAAGAAGGCGUUCUUUCUCUCGACUGUGGCUGCUUCCAUCCAGCUUGAGCUGCCAAUUCCUGGAUCCGCUUACGGUCAAUCCAAGGCUGCUCUGAACUACACUGUCAGAGAGCUUGCUCUUGACCUCAAGAAGGAGGGGUUUACUAUUGCACCUCUCCACCCGGGCGUUGUUGGAUCCGACAUGGGCAAAGAGGUUGGUGAGCAGUUGAUUGCGCUUGAUCCAAAAAUCGCCAGCUUUUUCGAUCCUGCCAACGUGCUUACGCCAGACCAGAGUGCUAGUGACCUGAAGAAGGUUAUCGAGGGGCUUAAGCCCGAGGACACUGGCAAGUUCCUUGCCAACGACGGCAGCGAACUACCAUGGUAA